GCGGGAAAUAUAAGAAAAGUCAUAGUCGGUAUCAAAAUAACGCUUCGGAAGUAUCGAAAUAAAUUCAAAUAAUAUGACCUGUAUAUUUUUAAUUGCUUGUGUUCUCGUUUCUUUUGCUGCUGCGCAAGAAGAUCUUUAUGAGCAGCAUCCUGAGUAUCCGAGUGGUUUAAAUGAUUUUAAUUAUCAAAACAGUUAUAAUUAUCGUUGGAUGACGAUUAAGUAUGUGGGGAUAAGAUUCCCGGAUUCGGUGAUCGUUACCGAGGAAAAUGGGUCCAAUUACUAUGGGUGUGUUGGUGUACCGGUCAGCAAGAAGCAUGUGCUGAUUGCUAGAUCGUGCAGAAUUGAUUUGAGUAAGAGUUUGGUGGCGGUAGCUGCUGGGGCUGUUGAUUGGGACCAAGAAAAUUCGUAUCGUAGAGUUGAAAAAGUUGAUAAAGUUGGGGAUUAUUUGGCUGUUGUUACUUUACAAAAUAAAAUAACUGAAAAUAUUCAAAUCUUUACUCUGCCUUCGUCAAAUAUUCAAAUUCAUGACGUUUACGAAUCAUUCGGAUGGAGCUCAAUGUGCCCCGGAGUCAUGGGAAAAAAUCGCAAAGGCACUUUCGACAAAUUAAUAUCAAUUGUUGAUCAAGCAAAAUGUGGAACAAUUGAUCCGACUCUCGCUUGUGCUCAAGAUAGUUCUCGAAAAAUCGGCAAAUCAUCGCCUAUUGUCAAUGGUCGUAUUAUCGUCGGAUUCACUGAGUUUGAAUGCUCAUCAAAGGGUGGCGCCAUAAAAGUAUUUCCAUUUGUUAAUCACAUUAAUAACAUCAUUAAAAAUAAUUAAUGAUUAAUCAAAAAAAAUAUGUUAAAAAAAAUUAUCUAAACAACACUGACAAUAAAUACGUGAUCUGAAUAA